AUGAAUGACGCUGCUGCCGAGCCCUUGAUCUCCAACGACCGCCGCGUUCCGAACGAUGCACGCGACCGCUACGAUGAAGCCGACGACGCGAGUAUAAGAGAGGAUGAGGUGGACGAGAGUGCCUUGGUAUCCCCAGGCCUGUUCAUAUGGUGUCUGACUAUAUGCGCCGGGGUCUCAGGGUUACUAUUUGGAUAUGACACCGGUGUUAUAUCCUCUACCCUCAUCUCCAUAAACACCGAUCUCUCCUCCCGUCCCCUGACCACCCUCGACAAGAGCUUGAUUACGUCUUGCACUUCGUUCUUCGCACUCCUCGCCUCGCCCCUAACGGGUAUCCUCGCCGAUGCAUACGGUCGCAAAACCGUGAUCCUCGUUGCAGACAUUCUCUUCAUACUCGGCGCCCUGUUGCAGGCAUGGACAAGCAGUGUUGGCGGCAUGAUCGUGGGUCGGUCCAUUGUCGGCGCAGCAGUCGGAAGCGCGUCAUUCGUUGUACCGCUGUAUAUCUCGGAGCUUAGCCCUAGCCCUUUCCGCGGACGGCUGGUGGUUGUGAGCAGUUUAUUUAUUACUGGGGGGCAGGUCGUUGCUUAUAUUGUCGGGUGGUUGUUCUCGGAAAGAUUGCAUGGAUGGAGAUGGAUGGUGGGCUUGGGGGCUUUACCCGCUGCCAUACAGUUCGUUAUGCUGUUUUUCCUGCCUGAAACACCGCGAUAUCUCGUCAAGGCUGGAAAGACGCAACAAGCGAAGAGGGUAUUGGGGCGUGUGUAUAAAAGUGAGGAAAGCGGGACGAAGUUGGUGAAUGCCGUUUUGAGGCGGGUAGAGAAAGAGAUUGAAGAGGAGGAGGAUGCGGCUGGACUGCGAGGGACUCCUGACAUGGCUAAGAUCGGUUGGAGAGCUAAGAAGGAGAGGGUGCAAGACAGCUUCUCUCAACUGAUCGUCAUCGGAGGGAACCGUAGAGCCUUGAUUAUCGCGUGUAUGCUUCAGGGCUUCCAGCAACUGUGCGGCUUUAAUUCACUGAUGUACUUCUCCGCCACAAUAUUCCGCCUCGUCGGUUUCGAAUCACCAACCCUAACCUCGCUCUCCAUCGCCAUCACAAACUUCCUCUUCACACUCGUAGCCUUCCACUACAUCGACCGCAUCGGACGCCGCCGUAUCCUUCUCUGGUCUGUACCCAUCAUGAUCAUCGGUCUCGCACUUUGCGCCAUCGCAUUCCUCUUCAUCGACCUUCCCACCGAGGAAGCUUCCGCUACCGCCACUGCCAUUGCCGGCGACAACAACAAGAUAUGGCCCUUGGUUAUUCUCUUCUCCAUGAUAACAUACGUCGCUGGUUACGCGAUAGGCAUGGGCAAUGUUCCUUGGCAACAAUCUGAACUCUUUCCCUUGUCUGUAAGGUCGCUUGGGUCUGCGGUGUCAACAGCUACGAACUGGGGGUCGAAUACUUUUAUUGGGAUUACGUUUUUGCCCAUGAUGAAUAUCUUCACCCCUGUGGGAACUUUUGCGCUGUACGCUGUGGUCUGUGUGGUUGCGGAGAUUGUCAUUUGGAGGAUAUAUCCUGAGACGGCGGGGUUGGGAUUGGAAGACGUAGGCGGGUUAUUGAAGGAUGGGUUCGGGGUUAGGGAUAGUGUUAGGAGGUUUGAAGAGAGGCGGCGGGAUCGGUGA